AUGGACGAGUCAAGGAAUCUGGUUUUAUGCCAUCACUGUGAUCAACUGGUGUCAAGAUCUACAAGAAACAGGCAUGAAAACAAGAGAAACCGUGAAGAGGUCCUUCGAAAGUCAUGCCAGAAGUCCGAAUCGAGUGAUACGACAGACAGUGACUCAGAGGGACGUCAGCAUAUAGACACAACCACAGGUGAGACUUGUUAUUUAUUAAAUAGUAUAAUAAAUACCACUGUGAAGUACGCACGAAAUUCAAAAAUGAGAUUCAACAUGACAUUCGAUCUGCUGUAAACUCACUCCAACACCAGUGUCUAUUCCGGUGAUCAACAGAUCUUAAAACCCGGUGAUCAACAAACAACAGUCUUUACAUUGUUCUGUAAUAAGCUAAGCUCCGUUUACACUUGCAAUUUUGCUGUGAUUGCAGAUGAGGGUCAUUUUCAAUUUUUCAUCUUGUGAUGGAUGUAAACGAAUAACUUCUGAAUGUUCACAUGCAGAUUCUUGUAGUCAUAACAUCCAUAACUAAUUCACUCGUUCACAUCCAUCAGGAGAAGAAAAUCUCUUCUGAAGUCGCACUGUCGCAACAAAAAUUGCAAGUGUAAGCAGGUAUUCAUAUGUACAUGUGAUUGGCAUCCCCUUCACUGGUAUGGAUAAAAAGGCCCAAACCUUUGUAUGUUUUGUGGGCAGUUGUGUUGAGUGGUGCAAAAAUCGGCGCACAAAAAUGCUAAAAGUAAUGAAGUUGAAGUAAUUGACUGUCUUUGUGCACACCAAUACCUGUAUUGCUGUCCAGCACAUAAAAAUAGAAGAUUCCAUACACCACUGGCUACACUCUAUGCAGGGGGGGGGCAGAUCUAUACUAGGAAGGAAGAUAUAUCAUGGGAUUGAUAUAUUCACUACUGCUACUAACUAUACAUACAUGCAGUCAUACAUACAUACAUAAUAAAAAAAAUAUACUAGUAUAAAGUUUAGUUCAAAUACACAGGUACUGUUAUUGUUUGAAGUUAUAUCAUAGUUAACAAUGCAGCUGAUGUCCGCAAUAUUAUUAUAUCGUAUAUAUUUGAGCUUGCAGAGAUCACCUGCUACCAUUAACCCUUUAAGUGGCAAUGCACCCUGAUGCACCCUACUUUAGUAUUUUAUUCUGUCUAACGCCAGACAAUUUUACUCAUCAAGUGGAGAGUGCUGCCACUCAAUGGGUUAAUAUGCAUGUUAGAUAAAUAUAAAAUUGUAAAUAGAGUUGUUGCAAAAUUUUAAAAAUGUUUUCCACAAUACAGUACUAAACUAGGAUUGUAGUGUACUGCAUAUACUAAAUAAAAUAUCAAUAUUCACUUUAAGCUGACCCUCAAAACUGUAGUCCCAAUCAGAACGAAGAUACAGCUUCAAAGGAUACAAAUGAAGACUUUAUGGUAAGAUAAGUAAUACAGCUGAAAAUGUCUUUGAUACUGUAUAUUAUAUAAUAUAGCAAGCAUUUGUUUUCAUUGGUGAACAAUUAUCACUUAUUUACUGAGACCGAGGGAAACAGUGUGUUUUGUGGACCCGAGACCGUCGACGGUCGAGGGUCCACAAAAAACACUGCUUUCCCGAGGUCUCAGUAAAUAAGUGUUUUAUUAUAUAUCAAUAGUCAAAGAAACAACAAAUUAAAGAACAAAUGAACGUAAAUACAUGAAAUAUUUUAUUGUUAAAACGUUAUAUUAAAUACUGGCUACACUGCAGUUACUUAAAGCGAAAGUUUUAAUUACGUACUAGGCAUGUCCAAAGGUCGCAUCUUCACGUGAUGGCGCAUGUGAUUUUUUUUGUUAUUCGCCGGUCGAUAACGUAUUAUCUCCCUGUUGCGAGGGAGACAGCCUAAUUUCGUCACUCUCACGUGAUAUGCUCUCAACCAAUAAAACACUAGAAAAAUGCGAUUCGACUAUUGAUAUAUAAUAAUACAAUUUGAAUCUUUGUUCUGCUGUAUUAAUGUCUGCAAAAUCUGAGGAUUUGAAAAAGAGUCCAUAGGUGUACUGGGGGGAGGGUGGCAGGAUGGCAACUGCCUUCCAGAAAAAUUGAAAAGUCAACAAGUUGGACAAAUUUUAAACCAAAGUCGGGCAUAACAUAAGCGGGGUUAAUAGAUUGAAUUAAAAAACCUAUAUAGCAAUAAUAUAGGUCUAAUUAUGAAACAAGUACAGUUAGUAUAGAAAACACUGAAAAUGCCAUUCCGACAAUCCAAGAGAUUCAAACACAACAAUUUCAAACACAACAAAAUAGUCACAAUUCAUUCAUUAGACAACUCAAACAUAUAUGUGUUACCUGUGUGUGUGCAUGCGUAAGGGGGGGGGGUGAUACAAACAUUGUGCAUUUUCAGUCUCAGUUGUGGAAACAAUAUCUCCCCCCUCCCCACCAAAACAAUGUGCCGGUGCACCUAUGAAUAAGUUUCCAAACCAACCAGCAUAAUUUAUGUUGACGUGAACUUAACUAUCUACUGUAUGUAAUACUAUCUGACAAUGUCGUACAGUAUUAUGGUUUACAUACCAUGAAACACCAAAGCAUGAACCCAAUGAAUGAGCCAUGGUUAAUAGAAGUAAAAAAAUUAUCUUCCCCUACUCCUCCCUUGGUGCAUCGGGAGCACACUUUCAACAUUUCUAGGACCAGUUUCAAACAUCGCAUUUCGCAUGUAAUCAGCUGAAAUGUCUCAUUAUCUAUCGUUUUUAAUAAUGUGUUUGGCACAUGCAAAAUGCAACUUGCAAUACUGCAAUAGAUGGGUUCCAAUUACUUAAUCUACCUUCACUUUUCCAGGAAUCUGAUGGGGCCUGUUCUGUUGACGAUAAUCAUUUGAAUGAUUCAAAUGAAUUUGGUAUGAACCCAAGCUCUUCAUAGGAUCAUACGGACAACGAUUCAGCAACUGACGACGACAGUGGCGAAGAAGUUUGGAAUGAUCUUGUUCUCAAAGAUUUAAUAAAUGAUAUAGAAAACCCAAGACCUCUGCCUGCCAAAGAAGACGAUAAACACAUAGUACACUCUCUUCUAUUUUGGCUGUUGUAUUUUCUCCUAAUAUGGCAAACAUCAUGUUACAUUAGUGAUAACGGGAUGGCUUGGCUUCUCAAAUUCUUGUCGAGUUGGUUUAAAUUGCUAGGCGUGAUAGUUCCAUCUGAUACCUUAGCCCAGAUUGUGACAGCAUUUCCUGGAACAUUAUAUAUGCUUAGGCAAUUUUUCCAUUUUGACCGAGAUAACUUCGACAAGUUUGUGGUCUGCUCAAAAUGCCACAGCCUUUAUGAAUACAACGAAUGCCUAAAAACUGUGAAUAACCGAAAAGUAGGGAGAAAAUGCUCUGGUGUACGAUACUCCAGAGGAAAAAGGGUUGAAUGCGGUGCAGAGCUUGUUUACAAAGUUCAGCUUUCAAAUGGUGAAAGUUGUUUUUACCCAACCCAUUACUAUUGUUUUAAUAGCAUUAUAAACUCGUUGGAGAAAUUGCUGGGGAAAAAGGGCUUUGCUGAGAAAUGCGAGGAAUGGAGAAGCAGAGAUAUUCCUGUCGACAAAAUGGUCGAUGUUUAUGAUGGAAAGAUCUGGAAGGAUUUUUUGACAUUUGAUGGAAAGGAUUUUCUUAAUUCAUUCAGGAACUAUGGAUUCAUGCUGAAUUUUGAUUUCUUCCAGCCAAUGAAGAGAAGGAAGGAUUAUUCUGUUGGAGUUUUCUAUCUUGUUCUUCUGAACUUACCAAGGGCAGAAAGAUUCAAAUGGGAGAAUGUGAUCAUUAUUGGUAUAGUACCCUCGCUUAGCAAGGAACCUAAAGACCUGAAUCCAUUUUUGAAACCAGCGGUAAAGGAAUUACAAUGCUUGUGGAAAGGAAUUCGCUUAAAUUCUGCCCUCAGUCGUUUUCCAUUGACAUUCAGGGCAGCUGUGUUAGCCGUUUCGUGUGAUAUCCCUGCUGCUAGAAAGUUAGGUGGUUUUAAAAGUCACUCGGCUCAAAGAGGCUGCUCUCGAUGUCUCAAGUUUUUUCCUGGUGGCUUUGGUGUAAAGAGGGAUUAUUCUGGAUUUGAUCGAGAUAAAUGGGAGCCUAGAAGAAAUAAUAAGCACAGACGGUUAGCAAAAAAGAUUGCAAGCAUUAAGGCACAAUCAAGGCGAGAUCACUUUUGCCGGGAUCAUGGUAUCACACAUUACAGCAUUCUUCUUGAUUUGGAGUAUUUUGAUGCCAUUAGAUUUUUCACUAUUGAUCCCAUGCACAAUCUAUUUCUAGGAACUGCCAAGGCAAUGUUUAAAAUCUGGGUUAACAACGGAAUGUCUAGCAAGGAUCUACAAAAGAUAGAGGAUCGGAUUAAGACAAUGGAGAUCCCAAAUGACUUGGGUCGUCUACCUGCAAAUAUUUCUGCCAAUCAUGGGUCGUAUACUGCAGAACAGUGGAAAAAUUGGACUCUCCUAUACUCUUUAUUUUGUUUAAAGGAUAUUCUAUCGGACAAAGAAUUUAAAUGUUGGCAGUCUUUUGGACUUGCGUGCAAGUACAUUUGUCAAGGAGUCAUUUCUGAAGCUGAUUUACAUAUUGCUGAUGGACUGUUUGUGAAAUUUUGCACAGAAGUCGAGACUAUUUAUGGAAAAGAAGCUAUUAAACCAAAUAUGCACCUUCACUGUCAUCUAAAAGAUAUUUUAAUCGACCAUGGUCCAGUUCUCAGCUUUUGGUGUUUUUCGUUUGAAAGAUAUAAUGGUAUUCUUGGAAGCAUUCCAACAAACAAGAGAUCAGUUGAAUUGCAACUGAUGAGAAGAUUUCAACUCUCUCGAUUCUUUGAUGGGAAAACACUUCCAACCUUGUUUAAAGAUGAACUUUUCCAUCUGUACACUCUGAAAAACAAUGACACAAGUUAUGAAUGGCUGGAGAAUUCCACAUGGACUGAAAGAUACGCGUUGCACAACCUGGCUGUAGCAUCACCAAUUCCAAGUGGGAAUGUUUGGAGAAAUGAAUGCGGUAUUUUCCGUCCCUCAAACUAUAAACUUUCUUGCCUUGACAAAGAUGAUGCAACGCUGUUGUUAACGGUAUAUAACCUGAUGUACCGCGAUAUUACCUGUACCUUAAAAGACUUAAGUCAACUUAUUGAAAAGUUUGGUCGCAUCACUAUUGGCACUACAGCAUUUGGUUCGAAAAUGGAAACUCGCUCAAUUCGAUCAGCAAUGGUCCUCGCGUCUUGGCAUUCCAGUGACGGCACAAUAAACUUUUUCUCUUACCCCUGGUAUAGUGAGAUAUUAUUUCAACCACACUAUAAGCGUAGACGGAAAGCCCAUAGUACAUACAUUUGCCUGUAUGAAGUGGUGCAAAGAACUGGACAAUUAUGA